AUGAAGAUGCAACGUAGCUCCUUAGAGCAGAUAAAUGUUGAAUGUGUAAGCAGGAGAUCAUGGGUCAAGUAUUGGUGUCAGGUCAGCAAGUACAAGACAACUCUCAUGUUCUUAGUUUGGUGGUACACGGUUUCCCAGAUGUAUAACAGCCCCUUCUGCUUUCCAUUGAAAGUACGAGGAAUCUGUGUCGUUAAGGCUGAAAGUGUAUGUCAUACAAUGAGGAUUUUCAUAUUAUUCCUCUAUUACGGGACAGAAGCUAAUGGCGUGGAUAUCCAGCCUUUUACGUCCGUCGAAACUCCAUUCCAUCCGCACUGCUACGCGCAUCUUCCACUCUCCCUUAAACCACUCCACUACCUGAUUCGACUUCAGCCUUUCGUCAAUGGCAAUUUCAGCGUCUUCGGGUACAUGGAGGUGGAAAUGGAGGCCCUGGAGCCGACCUCCAACAUCACACUCCAUAUGCUUGAUAUCAUCACAAAGAAUAACACAGUCAAGGUGAAAGUUCUUGUCCUGGUGUUGCAUUCGGGGGGCGUAGAACAGCGACAGGUUGGAAUUAAGAGGCACCACUAUGACCCUGUCCGCCAAUUCUAUGUCGCGCACAUGGACGAAGAGCUGAUAAAAGGAGAGAGGUACACUCUGCAAAUGGAGUUCCUUGGUUACCUCAACGACCAGCUUCGUGGCUUCUACAGGUCGACUUACAGAGACGAUGAUGGGACUACAAAGUACUUAGCUGUGACCCAUUUCCAACCCACGCACGCCCGCCGCGCCUUCCCGUGCUUCGACGAGCCAGCCCUGAAGGCGACCUUCGAGGUCCACCUGGCGAGGGAGACCUGGAUGACGUCGCUCUCCAACAUGCCCCUCGCCCGUGUGGAAGGUCAGGAGGGCUGGGUGUGGGACCGCUUCGAGAGGAGCGUCCCCAUGUCCACCUACCUCGUCGCCUUCGUCGUGUCGGACUUUUCCUACAUCCCCUCCACCAGUGGCAAAGACACUCUCUUUCGAAUAUGGGCGCAGCCGUCAGCCAUUCGACAUGCUGAAUAUGUCAGUGAAGUCGGCUCAAAGAUUCUGGCAUUCUAUGAGUCUUACUUCAAUGUGUCUUACCCGCUCCCGAAAAUGGAUAUGGUGGCGGUGCCUGACAUAGCAGUGCGGGGCAUGGAGAACUGGGGUCUGAUUACGAUGAUAGACAGGUCAAUUCUAUACGAUCCUGACGUGGACUCAGCAAACCACAAGGACACGCUGCUCGAAGUCGUGGCCCACGAGCUGGCGCACCAGUGGUUCGGCAACCUGGUCACGCCCCGCUGGUGGGACGACCUGUGGCUCAACGAGGGAUUCGCUACUUUCGUGGCUUACAUCGGGAGCACAUAUAAAAUGGAAAAAUUCACCAUCGAGAGACUCCACAAAGCCUUCGAGAUCGACAGCCUCAAGACCUCCCAUCAUAUCAGCGUCGCGGUUGGAGAUCCCAGCGAGAUCUCGGAAAUUUUCGACCGAAUCGAGUACAGCAAAGGGGCCUCUAUUGUCCGCAUGAUGACUUAUUUUCUGGGCGAGUCUACCUUCCGCAGAGGACUGAACAGUUACCUUAACACCUUCGCAUACACCAACGCCGAACAGGACGAUCUCUGGGAACACCUGACAGCCGCUGCUCACCGUGACCGAAAGCUUCCCGAGAGCUUGACCAUGAAGACGAUCAUGGACACGUGGACGCUACAGAAGGGUUUCCCAGUCAUCAAGGUAGCGAGGAGUCCAGAUGGCACAGAUGUGUCUCCACAGGAACAUUUUAUGCUGAUGAAGGAGAGAAAUCCGAGCAGGACCAAAGCCUUGCGAUGGUGGGUUCCUCUCAGCUUCACGUCGCAGCGCGAGGCCAACUUCAACCAGACAGAAGCCAGGGGCUGGAUGAAGGACUCUGAGGAGAGAAUUACUCUCACGUCACUGCCCCCGAAGGACCAGUGGGUCAUCUUCAACCUGCAGCAGACGGGCUACUACCGAGUCAACUACGACGACCACAACUGGGGCCUCCUCAUCCAGCAGCUGAGGGACGACCACAAGGUCAUCCACGUCGUCAACCGAGCGCAGAUCAUCGACGACGCCAUGAAUCUUGCUCGAACCGGUCAGUUAAGCUACACGACCGCCUUGGAUGUCUACGGUUACCUGAAGAAGGAAAGGGACCUCCUGCCGUGGACCUCCGGCAUUUCGAACGUCGGCUAUGUGAUGCUCAUGCUGGGCCAGACACCUGCUCUCCCUGCGCUGAGGACGGUGUUCAUAAACAUCAAGCCGCGACACAAGAGUGGAAACCGCAUCGCACCUCUCGCGGAAGAGGAAAGACAACACAAUAUUGGUAUGUCUAGGACACAAGGAGCAUGUGAUCCAACGGGCAAAGCAAUGGACAUGAGCGCAUCCCUUACGGAAAUGCUACCUUUGUUCCCCUACAGCAGCCUCUCUCCAAACCAUUGGUCAGAGGUGCUUUGUACAGGCGUGAGUGCUGGCGGCGAGAAGGAAUGGGAAUUGGUCUGGAACGAGUACCUGAAUUCCAACACUACGCAGGAGAGAACCAGUUUCCUUACCGCUUUAGCAUGCAGUGAAAAUGCCACUAUUUUGUCGAGGCAGUACCUUGGAUAUUUGGAGAUGAGUUUCAAUCCUGACAUGGGAUUCAGAAAAGAUAAUUUUAAGAUAAUUUUCAGUGCAGUCGCCAAUAAUAUCGUCGGACGUCAGAUAGCCUGGACCUUCUUGAAGAAGCACUGGAAUGACAUCUUAACGUUUCCUGAUGUAAUUCAUAAAUCUAAUCUAAUCCUUGUUAAGACAGAAGCUAUUAUCCCCAAAUUUUACUCUACCGACUAUCAUCUCUUAAUUAAACACAAAAAAAAAGCUGUAAUAAAGGGUUUCGUUACUUUCAGCAAGAAGCAACACAGAGGAUACUUGCUGAAUAAAAUAACCCAUUCUUUUAAUACGCAUCGUGACCUGGCAGACCUGCAAGCGUUUUUGCAAGACAGGAACACCGAUCUGACAGAGGUUGCAAGAACCGCUGAACAGGUGUUGGAAAGAACCAAAAACAACGUCAUGUGGAUGGAGGCGAAUGUCCCCGAGAUUGUUAAGUUUCUGGAAGAUCAUGGUUAUGCAUCUCCAGAGGCCCUUUGA